CUGCUUGAUAAACCAGCCCUGCGGUUAAGAAGACUAGCACCAACCAUGGCAUUUUGGAAUGUUGGUCCAGCGGCAGUUCUGCUAUUAACAGUGAUCAUCAUUUCGUUAGGAUACAAAUGUCUUCACUGGAUGAUGGCAAUAUGGGGAGAACUGAAGAGGAUUAUGCAUAUUCGACGUACUCUUCCAGGCCCCAAACCUCACUGGUUGUUCGGCAAUGUCUUACAAGAACCUGGACCGCUAACCCCUGGGUUUGAGUGGCAUCGUAACAUGGCUAAGACUUAUCCCAAACUCCACGUCUUCUGGGCUGCUUGGAAACCUAUGGUAAUACCUACUCACCCAGACUCGGUGAGGAAUAUAUUCAAUGAUAAAGUUGGCACGGUCAAGAGUCCUAUGUAUGGUCUAUUUGAAGAAUGGUUGGGUAAUCCUAUGGCUACUUUAGAUGGUGACCUGUGGAAGAGACACCGAAGGCUCAUAACAAGCACUUUCCAUUUUAACGCUCUUAAGAACUACAUCCCCAAGAUAAAUAAGGUUGCAGACACCUUGAUUUCCGUUAUUUCACAACGGAGCGAGAAGGAUGAGUCUCUUGAACUUCACAAAACUACGAGUGCCUUUGCCAGCGAUGUCAUCCUACAAUGUGCCUUUUCCUACGAAUCUGAUUGUCAGGAACGUGAGUCUGAAUACGCAGAAGCGGUUGCUGCUCUAUCAGAUGUUGUCACGAAGAGGACAAUGAAUCCUCUUCUUCUCUUCGAGUUUUUCUUCCGACGGUCUUCAAUAUACAAGGUUUGGAGAGAGAAGAUCAACAUCAUUCACACACUCCAGGAUAAACUCAUAUCAGCUCGCAAGGAGCAACACCGAAAUAGUGGGUGUAAGGAAUUUCACAAAGGAAUGGACUUCUUGGACACUCUCCUGUUAGCAAGCGAUGCACGCGGUGGACUCACUGAAAAAGAAAUGAGAGAUGAGAUUAAUAGUUUCAUCUUUGGUGGGGUUGAUACGACGUCUAGCGCCCUCACUUGGCUGAUAUACUUGUUGGCUACUCAUCCAGAAUACCAGACCAUGGUUCAGGAGGAAGUUGAUGAACUUUUCAAGGAUCGUGAGAUUCUUGAAGUUCGCAGUGAAGACCUCCAUGAUACUCCGUUUCUGAUGAAAUGCAUCAAGGAAAGUCAGCGUAUGUACUCGUUUGUAUCGCCAGGCCGCCUCCUAACCGAACCAUUGGUUGUCGAUGGUCUAACCGUUCCAGCAGGAACCGAGAUUACAAUCUAUGCGUACCAACUCCAUCACAAUCCUGAAGUUUGGGGAGACGAUCACAUGACAUUCAAACCAAGCCGCUUCGAUCGCGAGAACGUUGAAGGUCGAGAUCCCUUCGCUUUCAUUCCCUUCUCCGCUGGAGCGCGCAACUGCAUUGCGCAGCAGUUCGCGCUUCAGGAGAUUCAAAUAGCCGCGAUUCGAAUUUUCAACAGGUUUGGAUUUUCUUUGGUACGAGACUCCAAACCAGUCUACAGAGUAGUCAGUGUGCCACAGGAUGAAAUACUUCUUGGUAUUCAUCCGCGGAAUAAAGACUAA